GCCCCGGAAAACAUGGCGGCGGCGGCGGCGGCGGCGGCGGGGAAACCUUGGCGGCGGCUCUUGCCCCGAGCGGGCUGGCUGCCCACCCUCCAGAGCGUCCGCCACGCCAAGGCAGUGACCCGUCAUCGCCGGGUGAUGCACUUUGAGAGGCAGAAGCUGAUGGCUGUGACUGAGUACAUCGCCCCGAAACCCGCCAUCCCCCCCAGGUGCCUGCCCCCACCACCUAAGCCCCCCAAAGAGGAGUCAGGCCUGGUCCGGCUGCUGCGGCAGGAACUGCAGGAGGUGUUCCAGAAAAACCGCAUGAUUGCCAUCUGCCAGAAUGUGAAUCUGAGUGCCGAAGACAAGCUUCUCAUGAGGCAUCAGCUCCGGAAACACGACAUCUGGAUGAAGGUCUUCCCUAACGAGGUCCUCAAGCCCUUCCUGGCGGAAUCCAAGUUCCGCGUGCUGCUGCCACUCUUCGUGGGCCACAAUAUGCUGCUGGUGAGCCCGGAGCCAAAGGCCAGAGAGAUGCUACGGAUCCUGAGGACUGUGCCCUUCCUGCCCCUGCUCGGAGGCUGCAUCGACAACACCAUCCUCAGCUAUCAGGGCUUUGUUAAAUACUCCAAGCUGCACCCCCUCUCCGUGUUUCAGGGCGAGCUGGUCGGGGGCCUGGGCUUCCCCGCUUCCCAGACGCACUUCAUGUUGCAGUACCAACCCUUGUGGCUCGCCACCCUGUUGGAUCAAUACCUCAGGCAGCAGCGAGAAGGGGAGGCAGCCGGCCCCACCCCAGGGGCAUCGCCCCACGAGGAGUCUGGCACUGCGGACCCCGAGCCGGCCAGAGGCUCGUAGCUGGGAGUCUCGGACCAAAACGUGCUGACCUGGGUCCUCUGCGGCGCGCUCGGUUGGGGCGGCCUGGAAGAGGGAAAGGGGGACCCUCCCACCCCACAGUUCGACCCGGCCUCACUGGGGAGUGGAGAGGACAGACCUCAGCGGGCUCUGGAAGAGAACCGGAUCCCUGGAAAAUCAUGGCCUGGGGCGGGGGGAGUUGGGAGAGGAGGAGGGGCCCCGUGGCUUUCGAAGUUUGAGGGUGGCAGUUCGACUGGUAAAAAGCCGCAAGAAAAACUUAAAUUUAGGAAAUAAUCACUGCAAAAUCUCUUCUCUGAGCCCGUCGCCUCCCGAAGGCGAGGAAGUGCCGCCCCACGGGUGGUAUGGUCUGAUGGAAAGUGCCCAGAGACCCGGUUCUCACCCCUCUCUAACUGGGCUGCCAGAUGACCUUGGACAAGUCCUUUGCCCCGCUGAGCCUCGACUUCCUCAUUUGUAAAAUGGGGACAGCGAUCCCUGCCCCUCCCUACCUCACAGGGCUGUUGUGAAGACAAAAAUGAGAGCUCGGAUGUGGAGGCACCCCGGAGAAUAAAACAGCAGUGCACACAUUAA